CCUGGACAUCGGUCUCCUUGGGUCUCUUGCUAUGGUGGGCUACUCUGGGUACGACGGCGACGAUGACGACUUCGAGAUGCCUGGCGGAGACGAUUUCAUGGACGUCACGGAGCUGUUCGUAGCGGGUGGACGAGACAUGGAGCCUGAGGAGGUCGUGCUCAUGGACAACUUUACGCUCAUGGACGCUAUGAGUGCUUUCGAGAUCGGAGAGCCUCGUUUGGACAGUGGGAUGGUCCUCGAAGAGCAACGUCGUCCGCCCUUCGACCCACUCGCGCCUCUGCUGCCGGAGGAAGUAUGCUGGAUCCUGGACCGCAGCUUCGCGUGCGAGAUGGAAUGGCAUGCGGGCAAAACGCUCUCACAAAGCGUAUUCACCGUCCUCUUCGUACAUCACUUGCCCGACAUCAACCCAGAGUACCUCCCGCCGGAUGAGCGCGAAAUCAAGGACCCAGCACGCCCGCGAUGGCUCAUUACCGUCGUCUUGCGGGCCGCAAUGCUCGGCCUGCUCAAGUGCUGCGACUUUGCGUGGCGUGAGCUGUCCAAAAACAAAGUGCACGAUGUAGAAGACUGGCAAGGCGAAAAAUGCGACGUUUCUCUCCUGGAAGGCGUCAACGCCGAGGUCGUCUCGCGUAUACUCGAUUCUGCAUGCGAAUGGCUUCGCCAGUCGGACCUGACGGAGAGCCAGGUCGUCGCCCUGUGCGACCGGCUCCUCUUGCGCAAGGCCAUCUUGGAACUCUACCGCGCGAAUCCCCUGAAAAAUAACAACGACAUAUUAUAUGGUGUAGCAGCUGGGGUCGGUUUUGUGCACCGAAUACGUGGAACCAGCCGCGACUUGGCACCAGACUCACCCGCGCGCCUUGCGUUGGACCCGUAUAUCGCCCGCCGGCUACCCAACUUCAUGCCCAUUCGCGCCACCGAGCUGCCAUCACAUGAUGAAUCCUGGAAUGCGCUUAGCUCGUUCCUCGAGGAGUGGCAAGAAACUCGAAAUCUUGUUGCCUCACCCUCGCUCAUCAAGUGGGAGGCGGCAGGGUCGCUUCGUUUCGCGCUCGGCAAGAGUGUUGCACCUCCCUUUCACAGGUCACUCAUCCAGACACUGUUCUUCGACAAGAACAUCGUCCUCGGGGAAUAUUCGCCGACGUGGCUAGUCGAACGCUUCUUCGAGGAGACGAUCGGAUAUCCCUACGCAUCCAUACGACGCGCUCUGGAGAACAACGCGCCCCAUACACAACCAGCGUCGACGCACGAAAUUAUCGAGCGGAGGAUUAUCAAGCUCAUGACUCCCCACGUUCGAUCGAGCUGGUACAAUCCGCCACGCCGGAGGCGACAUCUCAUGAAGGAAGUUCUACAGUGGCAUAUGCUGCACGAAGUGCUCCUGGACGAAGUCGAACAACGACAACCCGACAACACGGCUACGGCUAUGAUUUUGUCGGCGAUCCCUCUGGCAGCCCAGCUUGGGCGAUUAUCUGCCUGCCGAGAAGUCAUCAUCUCUGGCUUUCAGCAAGAGCUGUACGCACCAGAGGAAAAGCCGAUAGCUUAUUGGUACUUGUCCCGCGUUCUGGACGCGCACAUGAACUGCAUAGAGAAUCUAUUGCCCUUAGUGCCCCCAGACAGCACGGCAUAUCGCGAGCUCACAUUCCAGGCGGCGCACCUGUCUGCACUGCAGAUGAUAUCAACGACCCUCGUCGUGCUCACGGCGGGCUACAUUACCUCUCCUUGGCGUCGAAUAACGCUCAAUUUCCUGAAGAGGUACAAAUGGAUCUUCAACCCCGACUUCGACGACCUCGUUCCCGCGGAGCCCAUCCCGGACUUGCUAUCGUUCCCGAACUCCCUGAAGGAGUUCCUCCGGGACGAACACUACUCACCCUCAGCUACUUUUCAACUCACAGAGGACAUCUGCACCCGCCUCAGCGAGUCUUCCUACGACUGGCUUGGGUCUUGGGCUUCCGAUCGCAUCGAGUACUUGCGCAACCUUGCCAGUGCAUGCGACCGUCUCAAGGAGGUCGCCCCUCCCGACAUGCGACAGCUUCCCAGCUUCAAUUUGAUCGAUCUAAAGUGGAUCCCGGCCGUGCAUCCGUGGCUUCCAACAGUGGCUUGA